AUGGGCCCUCACCUCACCCCGCCUGUAGCCUCCCCUUUCUUCCUGCUACCCUGUCGGCUUUCUUUGUGCUUGCAAGGAGCCGAGCAAGAAGGCUAUCAUUUUCCUUCUCAGAGUCGGGCUGGUUUCCUGAAUGGAGCCCUCACCGUUACCAGGGGCAACCUUCGCCCCGCAGCUGCGGCUCGGCGGGCUCCUUCACUUUCUGUCCCCAUCUGUGCCAUCCUCCAGUCUGGGGGAAAGUCCUACCUUCCCGGCCUAGAGGCGGGAGGAGGGGGCUCUUGGAGGAGAGGAGGCCGUCUGCAGGUUUUGUGGGUGCUACAGAAAGCUCAGGGCAGCGUGCAGCAGUUAGUGAAAAUAAAGGGCGCCCGAAGACUGGGACUGGAACCCUCCAAGGCCAAAGGCAAGGCCGAGCUCCCAGGUAUCAAUCACCGUGUCGGUCUCCGACUGCCCCACAUCAUAGGGCCCUCUGAAGACAAGCGGAUUCCUGGGUUGCCAGGCCCCAGAACUAAAGAGUCAAUAAUCAACGGAAACAAAAUUCAGAGCCUGUUUCUUAUAAAAGGGAACGGCCUGAAUGAUGCCAUCUUCCUUUUCCUGAAUCACGUCUCCACCCGGAAGCCUUGGUCUCUGGAGAAUGAGAAACUAUUUUUCCUGCCGGCGACACUCCUGGCGAGGGCUGUACAGCACUUGAAGACUUCCGGGACGCUCUAUACUCAAGUCGGCCAGGGCAUUCCAGAAACAAAGAGAAACUGUCAAUCCCAGUGGAAUAUUCCAGAUCACUUCCCAUAGUGUCUCCAUUUUACAAGGAGCACAUUGGAGGCUGAGAGAGAUUAAUUCACCUAGAAUCACCAAAGUGGUCAAGGUUGGAGUUGAGGUUUAAACCCAGAUAUAUCUAACCUCCCAGCUUGUUUAAUUUUUCUACUUUAAGGAGAAAUUCUAACCUGCCUCGAAUUUCUGAGGACUAUAAAUAGUUUCUCCUUCCCUCCCCCACUCCUUUUUU